UAGAGCUUUCGCCUUUGCGAAGUUACUCUUCUAUUUACUCUCACUCCUUCUCGUUCUUCUAGAGAGAAAGGGCCGAAUAGGGGGAGGGAGACGAGCUUCGUCGAGGAAUAUGGGGUGUUUUCUCUGCAGUGGAGAGCCGAACAAGAAAGCGAAGAAGAAAUAUCAGACCCCAUCUGCUGCAGGAAAGUCAAGAUCAAAUCACUCCUUGGAUGAUAAGAACCAAAGCUUGCAGGUGAAGAAGGACAAAGAUGCACCAAAGAGCAGUCCUGAACAUAUUGCUGCUCAGACUAUUAGUUUUCGCGAAUUAGCUACUGCCACACAAAAUUUUAGAGCUGAUUGUCUUCUUGGAGAGGGUGGGUUUGGUCGAGUGUAUAAAGGAAGCUUAGAAAGUAUUAACCAGACUGUGGCUAUAAAACAGCUUGACCAUGAUGGGUUGCAAGGAAAUAGGGAAUUCCUAGUUGAAGUUUUGAUGUUAAGUCUACUACAUCAUCCAAACUUAGUUAAACUGAUUGGAUAUUGUGCUGAUGGUGAUCAGCGACUUUUGGUUUAUGAGUACAUGCCUCUAGGAUCUUUAGAAGAUCAUAUUCAUGAUCCUACUGCUGAUAUGAAGCCACUUGAUUGGAAUACAAGGAUGAAGAUAGCCGCCGGUGCCGCAAAAGGUUUAGAGUAUUUGCAUGAUAAGGCGAGUCCUCCGGUCAUUUAUCGUGAUUUAAAAUGCUCCAAUAUCUUGCUUGGAGAGGGUUAUCAUCCUAAGUUAUCCGACUUUGGAUUGGCAAAACUUGGUCCUGUUGGUGACAAUACACAUGUUUCGACUAGGAUAAUGGGAACCUAUGGAUAUUGUGCUCCUGAAUAUGCAAUGACCGGGCAGCUGACGUUGAAGUCAGAUGUCUACAGUUUUGGCGUUGUUCUUUUGGAAAUUAUAACUGGGAGAAGGGCUAUUGACACUUCAAGGACUACCAGAGAGCAAACCCUUGUUUCAUGGGCUCGGCCCUUAUUCAAAGACAGGAGGAAAUUUUCCGAGAUGGCUGAUCCAACUCUGCAGGGUCAAUACCCCAUGCGUGGCCUGUACCAAGCUCUCGCCGUUGCUGCCAUGUGUGUUCAAGAGCAGCCUACACUGAGGCCUGCCAUUGCCGACGUAGUUACAGCUCUCACAUACCUUGCAUCUCAGAAAUACAUUCCUGAGAGCAGCCAGAAUACUUCUCGCAUGUUCGCACCAGGAACUCCACCUCGAACAAGAAAAGACAGAGAUAAGAAACCAGGAGAUAGCCGUUAAAAUUCCUUCCAUGACUAUGUUUUGGUGAGCGUUGGAAUGUAGUUUUUGAUUCUUUUGUUUCAUUAUGUUCUGAGGGAAGGAAGACUGGUGCUAGUUUUAUGGUUGUUUGGGAGAGAAAAGCACUUUCUGGGUGGUUGUAAAUGUCUUUUUGGGGGUUUCUUGUAUUUUAUUUUUGAAGUUUUAGUUUUAGUCUUUAUUGUGAUCAUUUUUAAUGACCAGUUUUUAAGAGUAAAGCAUAGAACAUUUGUUAUUGUCUUGUUA